AUGCAUCUCGGGGUAUCUGAGUCCAUGAGAGAGUGUGAGUACAGCCAAAUAAGCACUCGCAGCUCCACACCAAUGGAGACCCCUUACAAGAAAAGGACCCCAAAGAUGAGGAAGUGGGAGUCCUUCCCAGGUCGGAAUAAAUUUUACUGCAAUGGGAGAAUUAUGAUGGCCAAGCAGACAGGGGUUUUCUACCUCACCCUUGUCCUCAUUCUCGUGACUUGUGGACUUUUCUUCACCUUUGAUUGUCCGUUCCUGGCGCUGCAGUUGACCCCAGUCAUCCCAGUCAUAGGCGGUGUGCUGUUUCUGUUUGUUUUGGGGACACUCCUGAGAACCAGCUUCAGUGACCCAGGGGUGCUGCCCAGGGCCACCCCAGAUGAAGCAGCUGACCUGGAGAGGCAAAUAGAUGUGGCUAAUGGCAGUACAGGCUACAGGCCUCCUCCCAGGACCAAGGAGGUAGUCAUCAAUGGCCAGACAGUCAAGCUUAAGUAUUGCUUCACCUGCAAGAUCUUCAGACCACCACGUGCUUCCCACUGCAGCCUCUGUGACAACUGUGUGGAGCGUUUUGACCACCACUGUCCCUGGGUGGGGAACUGCGUGGGAAGGAGGAACUACCGUUUCUUCUAUAUGUUUAUCCUAUCGCUUUCCUUCCUCACCAUCUUCAUCUUCGCCUUCGUCAUCACACAUGUCAUUAUACGCUCCCAUCGAAGCGGGUUUCUCAACGCACUUAAAGAUAGUCCUGCCAGUGUGCUGGAGGUGGUGGUGUGUUUCUUCUCUGUCUGGUCCAUAGUGGGCCUCUCAGGCUUCCAUACCUACUUGAUCAGCUCCAACCAGACCACCAAUGAAGAUAUAAAAGGUUCAUGGUCUUCUAAAAGAGGGAAGGACAACUAUAACCCCUACAGCCAUGGCAAUAUAUUCACUAACUGCUGUGCAGCACUGUGUGGACCCCUGCCACCGAGUCUCAUUGACAGACGAGGCUUUAUCCAAUCAGACACGCCACAGCUGGCACCACCAACCAAUGGCAUCACUAUGUAUGGCGCUACCCAGUCUCAGCAGAGCCACAUGUGUGACCAAGACCAGUGCAUUCAAAGCACCAAAUUCGUUUUGCAGGCCGCCGCCACACCUCUCCUCCAGCAGCAGAGCAGCCAGCCAGUCAUCCUGACAGCCUCCCCUGAAAAUGGAGGCUCUCUACCUGGCCGCGCCUCCCUCACCCUGGGCGGCCCUUGCACCUCACUUCCCCUUGGCCAGCCCACCCCUCCGACGUCCACCCCCAGCCUCAGCUGCCAUGAGGCCACGGACAUGCUGCCAAUCCACGGACACAGCCACACACACAACCACAGCCACCCUCUCCAGGAGCCGGUGGCCCACCACCACUUCCUCACCCCAGAGGAAGUGCCCUCGCCGCCAGGUAUGCUUCCCUGCGGCAGCCCCCUGGGUCACAGCCACACUAUGCAGGCCGGCUUCUACAAUCCAGCCAGCCAGGACUCACUACAUGAGGACUCUGUCAGAGGAUUGGUAAAGCUCAGCUCUGUCUGACAAUGGGAUAUAUAGCCCCUCCUCCCAUCUCCUCUCUCCUGAAAACAUGUAACCCACAAAACUCUCCUGUGCCACGUUUGGACCAGCUCGCUCUCGCUCUCACCCUCAAUUAGUUUUCCUUUCUCUCCUUAGCAGGACUUGAGAACUGAAAAAGGCUGUGGUUUAAAUUCAGCUGCUAGAAACUGAAUGGAAUGUAACUGAACCGAAAUGAAACCAGUAGUCCUCAGCCAAUGUCUUGCCAAACCUCUCCACUGGAACAGGGAAAGAUGUUUUCUAGUGCAGUGGCCUGUAUGACAACUCAGACAUCAGCUUCUUUCUUCUUUUUUUAAAUAGCAUAUUCCAUUAGCUCCUUGAAACUGGACAGGGGAGUUUCUUUUUCAAAGUGGCGUAUGUCUGUGAGCCAUGUCGAGCAAGAAACAAAGAUUUUGACAGUAUAUGGACAUUUUUGGUCGAAAUUAUUAAUUUCUGUCAAUGGAUCAAAGGUCUGACAGGUUGUUUUUUUUGUAAAACAAACUUUAGCCUAUUUGCCUGUUGCUGAUUGGACCAUGUCUUUUGCCUUUUUUCUGGGACAUUCUCAGCAGUGCAAUGGUUGUCGUCAUCAUGUUGCAUAUCAUCCUGCUUUUUCUAUGUUAAAAAAACAAGAGACUAUUGUACUGUACCAUGGUUAUUACAAAUUAUAUUUCCUGUGGAUAUUAAUAAAAACAACUUUUUAUCAGAUAA